AAUUAGUUGCGGUACUCAGUGGCAGUGCAGUGGCAGUCAGUGCUCAUUGUGAAGCGAGACCGAUCGAGGAGGACUAUUUGAGGACUUGCGGCCGCGCUAAAGUAUUCAUUCGGUCGCAAACUUCCAGGCACGUCAGUUGUUUUCUUUGGGACGGAUUUUAUUGGAUUACACACUUCCUCGCUAUAUUCCUUCUAGAUUAUGGAUACGCUGAGCUGUAGUAAAAAUCUUUCGACACCUUUUUCGAUAAACGACAUUCUCACCCGCAACAAUACCACAAUUACGCCACACAUUUCGCGACGGAAAUCACUCGAAUCUAGUCCAAUGCUAGGAGGACACCACGAAAUGAGUAUUUAUAAGCUAAACGCCAGGCAUACGCCGGAAUCAACCUCCAACCCAAGCCCGACCUGCGACGGGGAUAAUUUACACGCUGCGGAUUACUUUCAAUAUUACAAUAACAAUAACCGCGGAGAAGGAUACCUGAGUCGGUCGGCAGCGGCUCACAUGAAGCUCUUCCAUUCACCACCAUCAUCAUCGGAAGGCGGAAGUGGCAGAAUGCACGCCAUCGACAUGCGACGGUGCACAAGUAAUGAUUCAGAUUGUGACUCUCCUCCGCCAUUAUACCAAACGGGACAAUCGCACCUGCAUGACGACACCAUGAGUGGGAAUAGCCGGAAGAAGAGGUCGCGUGCCGCCUUUAGUCACGCACAGGUGUUCGAGUUGGAGCGUAGAUUCGCCCAGCAGAGGUAUCUCUCUGGCCCGGAACGUUCAGAGAUGGCCAAGAAUCUGCGACUGACGGAGACUCAGGUGAAGAUUUGGUUCCAGAACCGUCGGUAUAAGACCAAGAGGAAACAGAUUCAACAACACGAAGCAGCCCUUCUGAGUGCCACCAAAAGAGUUCCAGUUCAGGUUCUGGUUCGCGAUGACAGUCCGUACGCUCACAUGUUCCCUCAGGGCCCAUAUCCCGGCGGAAUAGAUCCAGCUCUUCUCAGCAUCUAUCGUCAUCAGAUCCAAAUGGCAUACGGUGUCGGCGUGCCCCUGCCUCAAGUUCCAUUCCCGUACUUCUACCAAACUAAAAUUCCCACUGCCAUUCCGCCACCAAGUGGAGCAAGUUCCACCAAUCACCAUUCGUCAUCGCAAAACUUCCUGUCACACCUCAAAGGUAUGCCAGUUAACUUUUCGAAGAGCGAUGACGGCCUCCGUUACACGGAUUCAUCGCCGGCUCAUAGUCGGGAGUCUUCCAGCCCCAUGCAGUCUUCCUCAUGUGACGAUCACACACCACGGAGAUUAGAUGUUGUAGGUGAAUCCUCUCCUCCAAACUUCCUAGCACGGUUAUCAGUAGGUGCGACGAUGAUGACAACGGCACCGAAUGCCGCCGAAAGUAGCGGAGACAGUGAAACAAUGGAAGAAGAAGAAUGUGAAAAUUUGGAAAUUGAUUAGAUGAAAGUUAAAAUUCAGUGAAUUAAGUGUUAUAUCCUUUGCAGGAUAUUGUUGCAUGUGAUUGUAAAUAAGAAAUACAUAAAAUUGGUUCCUAUUGAAACCAAGAACUUUAUGGGUAUACCAAAUGUACGUAAAAAUAAGCUUUAAGUGUAAAAGUGAAGAAUUAUUACUUUUUAGUUGAUUAUAAAAAUAAAAUAAAAAUAUAGUUGA